UUGAUCAGUUCGAAAAGUGAGUUGGUCGAGCGAACAACCUUAUAGCGAGGGCAGCGCAAGCGAUACGAGACGAAAGAUCAGCGGUGCCACAGAGUAUACGAUCCAGGAGCGAAAGACGAGUCAACGACGUCGCGGGUGUAAAGUUACUAAACAGCAAACAGAAACUACCCAUUAACUGUAGUGGGCCCUAAAAAUAUUCAAUAAUUUUCGAGUCGUUCGAUUUGAAACCUGAUUUGUAGAGUUCGUUUCUGCAAGUGUGUUUGUGUGGCAUGUAAGCCAUGGGUUCUGGGCGAGCGAGCGAGAUAGAGCGAGAACAUUGAUUUGAUUCGAAUUCAAUUACAAAAUUCAUUGAGUGUCAAUUACAACCGCAAAAAAUCAAAUAAAACAACAACAGAGAAGCAAAUCUCAGGAGGAGAUUCCGAGAUCCAGAUACAGAUCCAGCAAAGAUCAUAUCCAGAUCCAGAGCCAUAAAUCAUGCCUGCGACAUUGAUGUUGCUGCCGUGCAUGUUGCUGUUGCUGCUGACCGCCGUUGCUGUUGCUGUCGGCGGCACGCGACUGCCGCUGGAGGUGUUCGAGAUCACGCCGACAACAUCCACGGCGGACAAGCACAAGAGUCUGGAGUACACCGUCUACGAUGCCAAAGAUAUAUCCGCAGCAGCAACUAGUACAGUGAAGCCUGCUGCCGAGCAACUGACCGUGGUGAGCAUUUCCACGGCGGCCGAGGAAAAGGACCUCGCCGAAUCGCGGCGACAUGCGCGACAAAUGUUGCAGAAACAGCAGCAACAUCGCAGCAGCAACAGCAAGCACAUCGCCGAACGGGAUCUGCGCAUCCUUUACCAAGUGGGGGACUCUGAGGAUGAUCUGCCCAUCUGCGCCCCGAAUGCGGUUUGCUCCAAGAUCGAUCUAUACGAAACUCCCUGGAUUGAGCGACAGUGUCGCUGUCCCGAAUCGAAUCGUAUGCCCAACAAUGUGAUCAUCCAUCAUCACAGUCAUUCGUCGGGUUCGGCGGAUUCCCUGAAAUACAGGAACUACUUCGAAAGGGAGAAGAUGAUGCAGCACAAGCGAAUGCUUUUGGGUGAAUUCCAGGAUAAGAAAUUCGAAAGUCUGCAUAUGAAGAAGCUAAUGCAGAAACUGGGCGCCGUCUAUGAGGAUGAUUUGGAUCAUCUGGAUCAGUCGCCGGACUAUAAUGAUGCCCUGCCUUAUGCGGAAGUGCAGGAUAAUGAAUUUCCACGCGGUCCGGCGCACAUGAGGCACUCGGGUCAUCGGGGAUUAAAGGAGUCACCCACUAACUUCAUUGGAGGCUGUCCCAGCAGUUUGGGUGUGGAGGAUGGUCACACUAUUGCCGAUAAGACCAGGCACUAUAAAAUGUGCCAGCCGGUUCACAAGUUACCCGUUUGCAAACACUUCCGUGACUAUACUUGGACCUUGACAACGGCAGCCGAGUUGAAUGUGACAGAGCAGAUAGUCCACUGUCGGUGUCCCCGGAACUCGGUGACCUAUCUCACCAAGAGGGAACCCAUCGGCAAUGGUAGUCCUGGCUACAGAUAUCUCUUCGCCUGCUCUCCUCUGACGCGCCUUCGCUGUCAGCGGAAACAGCCGUGCAAGUUGUUCACGGUGCGAAAACGCCAGGAGUUCCUCGACGAGGUCAACAUCAACUCCCUGUGCCAGUGCCCCAAAGGUCACCGCUGCCCCAGUCAUCAUACGCAGUCCGGUGUGAUAGCCGGCGAGAGUUUCCUGGAGGAUAACAUACAGACAUAUUCCGGUUACUGCAUGGCCAACGAUUGAGUGCAGCACUUGGGAACCAUUCCACACAGCAAACAGAUAUAAAACAAACACUUUGUAAAGGAGGAUAGAUUGAGCGGUGAAGCAGCUACUAUAUAGAUAUCGACUGAGCCAAUUGAGUCUCGCCAAGUUACCAACUAAUGAGAAUGAGGAAAAACGAACAAAUACAAGCUUAGAACUUAAAAUGCACAUCCGCACACACACACAAAUCAUUUUCAAGUUUGAAAAAAAGGAGCGUGUUUCUUUUGCUACCAAAUUUUGGUCAUAAAACGUAUGAUAUAAAUAUUUAAUUAGUUUUAAGCAACGAUAUGUGCGCAGUUUGUUAUACAAAUAAUUUGUAAUGAAUAUUUAUGAAAACAAGAGCAAAACCUGCAACGAAGGAGGGCAUACCUUCCAUUAUGUAAUAUAGCAACAAACUAUACUCGUAAUCUAACCCGCAUAAAUUGUAUAUAUUUUAAUAUAUGUAUAACUAAAAAAAAAAA